AUGUACGAUAAGAGUAUUGACAUGGGAUCCCUGGCUCAUGGAAGCGGCGUAUCCGAAUAUGCCACGCCAGUCUUUCCUGUCCCACAUCGUGGUGGCAGGACUAGCCCGGAGGAUAUUGGUCUGGCUGGUCUCUUGCAGCAACAAAUCCGCAAAAAUGGAGUGGUAACCGCCAUCCAGGAUUCCACGGAUCAGCUCUCCUAUGCCGAGUUACAUCGAAAGGCCCUUGCACUUGCAAUCCAGAUCCAGGCGGGCAAUCCAGGAGAUACCUCCCCGGUAGGCAUUAUCAUCCCUCGGGGGCUCAAUCACGUCCUGGGUCAAGUUGCUGUCAUAUAUGCCGGUCUAGUUUGUGUUCCUCUCGAUGAGAAACUUCCCGACAGUCAUCUCACCAGCAUGCUUGAGAACCUGAAAUCAGCGCUAGUCCUCACCGAUGCAACGCACCAGCACCGAUUGCCAACUUUUCGCCACACCCUAGUCGAUCAUAGCAAGGUCCCUCUGAUGGCUGUGGAUAGCUUCAAUCCCGUCUUUCGCAGUGCUUGGACUUGUUCUCACAUACUGCAUACCUCGGGCACGACAGGCAAGCCCAAGGCCGUGGACUCAAUGGCGGAAGGGCUGAUCAAUCUUAGCCUGGAUUCGAGCGAUUUUGUUCGUCACGGCCAACGAGUUGGCCAUGGCGCGAGCGUCCAUUUUGACAGCUCUCUGGUCGAGGUUUGGACCACUCUCCUCCGUGGAGCCACCAUGGUGGUCAUCCCGGCAGAGACGGUGCUUGACCCGAUGGCUCUGCGAGCCUUCGUGAAGUCUGAGAAGCUCAAUGUGCUACAGCUCACCACUUCUCUCCUCACAGUCACUGCAUUCGCCUGUUCGGAUGCCUUUUCCACACUAGAUACACUUCUUACCGGCGGAGAGGCGAUUAAUUGCGAUAUAAUACGGUUAAUCUUCGAUGGCGGGGCCCCAAGACGCAUCAUCAACGGCUACGGCCCCACGGAAUGCAGCAUCUACACUCUUUGGCACGUUAUUAGUCAGGACGAAGCUCUGCGUGGCGAGAUUCCGGUCGGUAAGCCGAUCGGAAACGUGGAGACCUUCCUGGUUAAUGAGAAGAGGCAUUUGGCUCAGCCGGGAGAAGUGGGCGAACUGCUGGUAGGCGGGCCUGGUGUAGCUCGUGGCUACAUCGGCAACCCCGAGAAGACUGCCCAGUCCUUCGUGACAAUGCCUCAGCUCAAGAGUCGGACCACUCGAGGUAUUGGCCAUGUUUACAGGACAGGAGACCUUAUGCGGACUGAUGAGAAUGGAGUGCACUUCUACCUUGGUCGAAAAGACAAUCAAGUCAAGAUCCGCGGCCAGCGGGUCGAGCUCGAGGCCCUCGAGGCGAGCCUGCUAGAGACCCGGCUGGUUAGUGCGGCCGUAGUAGUCAAGAUCACUCCGGAUGAAGUCGAAAGAGGCCAGUUUCUGCUGGCUUUCUGUAUUCCUACCACACACGAGUCCACGGAAGGAGCGAUUCUCCGAGCCUACAUCAGCCAAUUUCCUCAUCUGAUGGUGCCGCGCAUCCAACUAAUCGGCGACCUGCCCUUAAGCUCGACCGGCAAGGCAGACCGCAGAGCACUGGAGUGCCAAUGGUACGAGCAAAUUGAGCGCUCGCGGGGUCGGGCGGCGGCCUUCGAGAUUGAUUCGGAUGAUGUAGCUGUCCAAGUGGAGCGCAUUUGGCUGGAUGUCUGUGGCUUACCGGCGGAGCAUCUGGUACCCACCGCCGAUUUUGUAGCCCUUGGAGGCAGUUCCAUCGUCGCUGUCAUGAUGAUCACCCGCAUCAACCAAGCGCUCGGGGUUUCGAUGCAGGCUCGCAUGUUGUAUGAGAACUCGACAUUCGAGCAGUUAGUCCAACUGGUGACGCGGCUGCAAUUGAAUGGGGACGAUCUGUCGGCCCAGUCCGAGCAGGAAAUCUGGCUGCAAGAUGCCCAGCUGGGCCAGUUCCUGAGGCCACAAGGCACUACAAUACCCCAUUGGCAGAGCCCCGAUGAGGGCCGGGUUUUCCUUACGGGAGCUACCGGGUUCAUCGGAAUAUUUCUGUUAGACGCUCUGGUGAAGCGGCCAGAGGUUGUGCAGGUUGCGUGCCUGGUGCGGGCGCAGGACGAGACAACUGCCCUGCGCCGUCUUCAGGAGACGGGGGAAAAGUACGGGCUGUUUCUGGACCUCCGAAAGGUCAUUGCAGUCCCUGGUGAUUUCUCUCUUGCUAAACUCGGGCUUGACACGACCCAAUACGACCACUGGGCAUCCUGGGCGAGUGUUGUCUUCCAUCUGGGAGCCAAGGUCAGUUACGUCGCUCCGUAUUCAAGUCACCGCCAGGUAAACGUCAUAGGGACACUGUUCAUGCUAGAAUUCGCCAAGCAUCAGCGUCUCAAGGCCAUGCACUACUCCUCCAGUAUCGCCGCGUACGGGCCGACGGGCUAUGUGACUGGGGCCACUAUGUUGCCGGAGGACGAGCGCCCGGCACCACAUUUGGCCGCUAUGCAGUAUGACACCGGCUAUUCGCAGAGUCAGUACGUGGCUGAAAUGAUCGUUUGGGGUGCCAUCGACAACGGCUUCCCUGUGUCCAUCUAUCGGCCGGGCUUCGUUCUCGGUCACAGCAAAUCAGGCCUCUGCAACCCGGACGAUUUUGUUUCUCGUCUGUUCACUAGCUGUAUAUCUCUGGGAUUAUUCCCCAUUCUGCCUAACCAGCGCAAGGAGUUCAUUCCUGUAGACUUCAUCGUCAACGCCAUACUCCACAUUUCCACCUCGCACAACAACUUCGGCCAUGCCUAUAAUCUCAUUCAGCCCGAUCUGACAAACGCGAUCGACAUUAACACUAGUUUCGAGAUCCUUCAACGGAUUUCGCGGUAUCCGCUGCGUGGGGUCUCCAACACCGAUUGGGUCAAAUCGCUGUCUCACCGCCCGGACGACCCCCUGCACCCGCUUACUCCAAUGUUGAAGGAGGCCGUCUUGGGCGAUAAGACUCGCUGGGAAGUCUAUGAGAACAUGGCUGAAUAUGGUCGGGUGAAUCUGCGCCGUGCUCUCCAGGAUGCUCCCGAUAUCUUGAAUUGCGACCCGAUCGAGGUGAUCUUUGAACGGUGCCUGAAGACCUGGGUCUGCCGAGUUGAACUAGGGCCUCAAAAGGAAUAA